AUGUCUUCAGCCCCCGGUCUCAAGCGCAAGUUGGAAUCUCAGGAGCCGACGGCUAAGCGCCACCAUCUUCAUGGAUACGAUCCGCAAUCCCCAUGGCUACACGAGUCAGAACCAGCCAGGAUAUGGCGGACACGGGGAAACCCCGAUGUGCAGCACUCGUUGCCCUUAUCAAAUAUGGUGUCUGCCGUCCAAGACCUGAUAGACCCGGACUUUGAUCCACUCACGGCGAUGCUGGACGAUGAGCCCCGUUUUUUGAAACCGCUACCGGCUCGCAUCGCCCCGGAGGACUUGGAGUUCCUGAGAUUUCGUGGUGCCCUCUCGCUUCCGGAGAGUGGAUUGCGGGAUGAGCUUCUGCGCUGCUACAUCCAAUGGGUGCACAGUUUCAUGCCAGUUUUGAACUUACAAGAGUUCUUACGAUGCGUGGCUGAGAAUGACCCAGAGGGAAAUGUUAGCAUUCUCCUAUUUCAGGCGGUCAUGUUUGUUGGUACGGCGUUCGUCGACCUCAAACAUCUGCAGGCUGCCGGUUACUCAACUCGGAAAAGUGCGCGUAAUGCGUUCUUUACUCGAUUAAGGUUACUAUAUUCUCUUGACUGCGAAGAGGAUCGCAUUGAGAUUCUCCAGACACUCCUAUUGAUGACCUACUGGUCCGAUUCUGAGAACAGCCCACAGAGAGAUAUUUGGGAUUGGAUUGGAGUCUGUAACACACAAGCACAGUCAAUCGGUUUGAACAAAGACCCUGCAUCAGGUGAAAUUGACACACGGACUCGAAGGCUCCGUUCUCGGCUCUGGUGGUGCCUGUACUCUCGAGAUCGCCUGAUCGCCAUGGGUAUGCGGCGCCCGCUCCAGGUUAACGAUGGAACGAGCAGUGUCCCAAUGCUCAAACUGGACGACUUUGAUUUUGAACCUUUCUCUCCGUAUGUGGUGGCCAAGUUCUAUUGCCGCCAACUCCAAGAUGUGUCACAUCAGAAACGCCUUGCCACCAUGUUCAUUGAGAAGGUGAAACUCUGUCAAUGUAUUGGUAGGGUAUUAUUCGCGCAAUAUACACCAUCCCAACGCCAAUUUGGAGCUACCAACCGGACUACAGUCACCCUUAUUCCUCGACAGGCUUCCGAGUCUGAAUUUGCCCGAUGCGGCCAGAAACUCGACUCGUGGCUUAGUGCGGUCCCUAAAGAUGCGCAAUUCGUCCCGAAGUCGGGGAAGAAUUUCCAAGAUGGCGAGGAUGUGCUGCUGCUUCAUGGUGCCAUGCUACGUAUGCUCUACCAUGCUACCAGCAGCGCACUUCACCGGCCUCGGGCGAUUGCUUCAAAAGAUCAAUCCAAAUCGCGGACUGACUGGCGUAACGCUGCCCGUAUAAAAAUGAACGAUGCUGCUGCGGGGAUCACGCAUAUUAUUCAGGGAUUAAAUCACCUCAACCUGACAAGAUUCCUACCGCAGUCUGGAGUAACUGUGAUUCUCCCAGCCGCUGUGGCGCAUUUAACCAACACCAUGUCCGAUGACCCCGCUGUCCGCGAAAGCAGUGUCGACAAUUUUCAUCGUUGUAUUGAAGUCCUUCACUGUCUUAAGGAUAUUUAUCCAGCCGCCGGUCAAGAGUUCGCCAACAUCGAGGCCGCCAUCAAAAUGCAGGCAGGUGCCUCCAGUACAUUCUUCCAGGUCAUGGAAUACAAUCUCGAUGCUCCCGCCACAUCUUUGGCAACCAGGAAACCAAGCAACGCCAAUUCGAUCUCUCAACCCCAACCAAAUCCGCCGGUUACUGUAACCGCGACGCCCAAGCCGCGAGAACGAACUUCUUCUACGCAAGAGAACAUACAUCAAAGAAAUUCCAGCAACGAAACGACACAUGGACCCGCCCUACCUUUAUUUCCCAAUGAUUUCGACCAUUAUACAGAUCUCGGGGACAUAGACAAUAAUCCUUUCAACUUUCUCUCCAUCGACAUCGACUCCUUCCCCGAUAUUCAAACCCCUCCGAAUCCAAUGAAGCCAAACAACACCGAUAAACCCUAUAUAUCACCACCACCCCAAGACCAAGACACUGUCGACUGGGCACAAGAGCUCUUCCAAGACACCGAUCUAAAUCAGUACAGUAACACAGAAGCCUUUCGCGAGCCUGAAAAGACAACGCCUCCACUGGAUCAAGAUCAAACGAAUGACGAACCAUUCUCUUUUACUUUAAAUGAUAGAGAUGACGUUGGCCCAGUUCAUUGUCGUCAUCAGUCAAUUAACGAGGCAAGGCCCGAAAUCACCGGCGACCUGGACCGGGACUUGGGGUUCCAGUCUGAGGAGGACAUAUUCUAG